AUGGAGCACCCAGUUCGCGAGAUACCAGAGGUCAUCACCAACCUCACAACUGGCUCCCCGGACGUCCAGUCCCAUACUCUCCAGACAUACUUCACAUCCGACGCCAGCUUCACGCAUCCGUUCUGUCGCGUUCCCUCCCUCCAAAAGGGCGCAAUCCCCCUCCUACACUGGGUAGACUCGCGAUGGCUCAUCCUGGGCAUCUACCGGUGGUACAGGACCCUCAGUCCCAGCAUCAGCAUCAACAUUGAUUCAGCAGUGUUUGACGAGAAAACCGGCCUCCUCUACGUCACAAUCAACCAGACAUUCGCACUGUGGUUCGUCCCGUUCUACAAGGCGCCCGUCCGUCUCGUCAGCGUGCUGCGCCUGACGCAGCGCCAGCAGCAGCAGGCCAGUUACGCCCAGGCGGCGGCCGUCGACCACGACAAGGCCAAGUACUACAUUGCCAGCCAGGAGGAUUUGUACCAGGUCAACGACUUUAUCAACUUUCUGAUGCCGGGCUUUGGACCGACUUUGUGGUGGCUCUGGCAGGUCUUCAGUGCGCUCCUCUGUGUCGUCGGAUCCUUGGUGUUCCUGCCGCUGUACUUUAUCAUGAACUGA